AUGGCGGCUUUUACUACGCUCACGCCAUGCCAAGCCACCACCUUGCAUUAUAAUACUCAAAUUUCCCGUUCUCAUAGGCUAAUCCAAAAUGCUUAUUGUCAUGAUAAGAAUACCAAAACAAUUCAUACAGUUAUAUCCUCUCUGCUUAACCAUCACUCCCCUGCUUUCUCUUCUCUCUUUUCACAAGCUAAAUCAACUAUGCCGCCAACCCAUUUCUCUAUUUCAGGCAGUGGUAGCUCAUGGUUGCAAGAUGGUUCCCUGCAUCAUGAUGCAAACAGUGGUAGUGCAUUGAGGCAGGGUCCAACAUAUUCAGUUUUUCCCUCAAAACCUGCGGAGGUUGCCUCUGUGGAGGACCUCUUUGAAUUCAUAUGCGCUGGUCCACUUGUCGACAAAGUUGGACUAACCCAAGAAAAGGUGGCAGAGUCCAUUGACAAGUGGUUGUUUUAUGGCUCGAAGCUUUGUCGAUUGUUUCAGGUCAAUGAACUUUACCUUACUACUCCUCAGAAAGCAAGGUUUUAUCACUACUACAUACCAGUCUUUAUAUGGUGCGAAGACCAGAUAUCACAGCACGCGUCCAAAUUUAAAGAUGGAGAAGAGAUACCUCCAUUAGUGGUAUGGAUAAAGUGCACCACAGGUUGUGGGAAGACCACACUUGUAUUUGCUCUUGAUUAUCUUUUCAGGAUCACUGGCAGGAAGUCUGCAACAUUAUCUAUUGAUGAUUUCUAUUUGACAGCAGCAGGUCAGGCUAAAUUGAGGGAAGAGAAUCCAGGAAAUGCUCUUUUAGAGUUGAGAGGAAAUGCUGGGAGCCAUGAUCUUCCAUUCUCUGCUGAAACACUGAAAGCUGUGACCAAGUUGACUAAAGAAGGUAUGAGGAUGAAGUUUCCUCGAUACGAUAAAUCGGCAUAUGGUGGGAGGGGCGACAGAGCUGAUUCUUCGAUAUGGCCAGAAGUUGAAGGACCGUUACCGGUGGUUCUAUAUGAAGGCUGGAUGCUUGGCUUCAAACCCCUUCCAACCGAAGUUGUUAAAGCUGUUGAUCCACAGCUGGAGAUAGUAAACAAAAAUCUUGAAGCAUAUUAUGAUGCUUGGGACAAGUUCACUGAGGCAUGGAUCGUAAUCAAAAUUCAGGACCCAAGUUGUGUCUACCAGUGGCGUCUACAGGCUGAGAUUGCCAUGAGGCAGGCAGGAAAACCUGGAAUGACAGAUGAGGAGGUGGAAGAUUUUGUUUCACGUUACCUGCGUGCUUAUAAAGUUUACCUGCCGACACUGUAUUCUGAAGGACCCAAUGGAUCGGAUCCGAACCAUCUGCUAGUGAUUGAAAUCGAUGAAAGCAGAAAUCCCAUCUUAUUAUGAUUACGUGGUAAAAAAAUGUGGUCUGAGGUGUAAUUACUUGUAAAUGAUCUCAUGAUUCAUCCAUAUUAUGUUUGCUUGAGAUUGUAAACGAAAGCUCACUGAAUGUUUCCAGUAAUG